AUGGCCAACACUGUCAUCCACAACCAUGACGAGGAGCAGAACGCAGGCACAAUGGAGCUUAAAGAAAACACGGUAAUUAUCGUCCUCGGUGCGUCGGGUGAUUUGGCGAAGAAGAAGACGUUCCCCGCCCUGUUUGGCUUGUUCCGAAACGGUUUCCUGCCAAAGGAUGUCAAGAUUGUCGGAUACGCGCGGACGAAGAUGGAGCGCGACGAAUACCUGAAGCGGGUCAAGUCUCACAUCAAGACGCCCACCAAAGAGAUUGAGCAGCAGCUUGAAGAGUUUGUCAAGUUCACAACCUAUGUCAGCGGUCAGUACGACAAGGACGAGAGCUUCCAGGACCUGGAGAAGCAUCUGCAAGAGCUGGAAAAGAAGCACAAGGAGAACAACCGGGUGUUUUACAUGGCUCUGCCGCCAUCGGUCUUCAUCCCCGUGUCUGAGCACUUGAAGAAGAACAACUACCCCAAGAAGGGCAUUGCCCGCGUCAUCAUCGAGAAGCCCUUUGGUAAGGACCUGGCCUCUUCUCGCCAGCUGGACCAGGCUCUGCGACCCAACUGGAAGGAGGAGGAAAUCUUCCGCAUCGAUCACUACCUGGGCAAGGAGAUGGUCAAGAACAUCCUCAUCCUGCGAUUUGGAAACGAAUUCUUCGGCGCCACCUGGAACCGCAACCACAUCGAUAACGUGCAAAUCACCUUCAAGGAGCCAUUCGGCACUGAGGGACGCGGAGGCUACUUUGACGAGUUCGGUAUCGUUCGUGAUGUAAUGCAGAACCAUCUGCUCCAGAUUCUCACUCUGCUCGCUAUGGAGCGUCCCAUCUCCUUCAGCGCAGAGGAUAUUAGAAAUGAAAAGGUGCGCGUGCUGCGUGGCAUGCCCAGCAUUGAGCCCAAGGAUGUCAUCAUCGGUCAGUACGAGAAGUCGCUCGACGGCUCGAAGCCUGGCUACAAGGAGGACGACACCGUUCCCAAAGAGUCGCGAUGCCCCACCUUUGCUUCAAUGGUCGCAUACAUCAAGAACGAGCGCUGGGACGGCGUUCCAUUMAUUCUCAAGGCAGGCAAGGCUCUCAACGAGCAGAAGACCGAGGUUCGCAUCCAAUUCAAGGAUGUGACAUCCGGUAUCUUCAAAGACAUCCCCCGCAAUGAGUUGGUCAUCCGUGUGCAGCCUAACGAGAGUGUCUACAUCAAGAUGAACUCGAAGCUCCCAGGACUGAGUAUGCAGACCGUCGUCACCGAGCUCGAUCUGACGUAUAGAAGACGUUUCUCCGACCUCAAGAUCCCGGAGGCGUACGAGAGUCUGAUCUUGGACUCGCUCAAGGGCGAUCACUCCAACUUCGUGCGUGACGACGAGCUCGAUGCCUCGUGGCGCAUCUUCACGCCACUUCUCCACUACUUGGACGAGAACAAAGAGAUCAUCCCAAUGGGAUACCCAUACGGAUCGCGUGGCCCCGCUGUGCUCGACGACUUCACUUCGUCCUACGGUUACAAGUUCUCCGAUGCUGCAGGGUACCAAUGGCCACAAACCGAAGCAAACAAACUCUGA